AUGGCGAAAGGCGAGAACUCGAAGAAGGCGGCGGGAAACGCGAAGAAGGCGGAGGUCGCGGCCCAAAAAGCAGCAGCAAAAGACGCAAAGAAACAAGCCGCCGAGUCUGCAGAAUGGAAGAAGGGUGCCAAGGAUAACAGCAAAGUGUCCGUUGGAAAUUCAGAGUGCUUGUAUGGAGAAGAAGGACAUGCUGGCUGACACCGGUGCAGGGACGCUGCAGCUGCCAAACAAGCUGAGGCAGCGCGUAAGAAAGCGGAAAAAGACGCCCUCUUGAAGGAAGAGGAGGAGUCGUUGCCCAGCAAAGGCGGCGCGAAGCACAAGGCCCCCGCGAAGAAGUCUCGAGGCCUCGAUCUCUCCGGCCUGGAUAUGCCUUCUUCGAAGAAGGAUAUCAACGCCCUCAACGCCACCGGUAUCGACAACGCUCUCGACGCACUCUCCCUCACCACAGACAACAAGGACAAAAUUGAUCGUCAUCCUGAGAGGAGAUUCAAGGCGGCUUACGCACAAUUUGAAGAGCGAAGGCUAGAAGAGAUGAAGGAUGAGAAGGGUCUCCGGAGACAGCAGAAGAUCGACCAGAUCCGCAAAGAGUUCGAGAAGCACCCAGACAACCCAUUCAACCAGGUCGCUGGUACCUACAACAUGAGCAAGGAGGAGAUAAACGAGCUGCGGAACAGUGAGAAGGCCAAGAAGGAGGCAUUGCUCAGUGGUUGA